AUGUUGGUGGAGCCCACUGGAAGACAGCUUGGAUACUUAUUUCACUAUAAAGUCAACAUUAAGGCUCUUGAAGAUGAAAUUGAUAAACUGAAGAACAGGCGAGAUGAUGUACAAAGGUUGAUCGAUGCGGCAAUUAGAAAUUCAGAAGUCAUCGGAGCUGAAGUUAAGAGGUGGGUUUCAGAUGUGGACAAGAUCACAAACGAGCUGGAGAAGUUCUUGAAAGAAGAUGAAGCCAAGAAGUACGCAGAGGGUGUUCUGAAGCUCCAACAAGAAGGAAAGUUCGAUAGAAUAUCCUACCCUGCACCUCCAACCGGAAUGCACUUUUCUUCAUCAUCCAUGAAAGACUUCAACUCGAGAAAGAAAAUCUUAAAUCAAGUUAUGGAGGCUCUACGAAAUGAGAAGGUGAGCGUGACUGCGAUAUGCGGGAUGGGCGGGAUCGGGAAAACAGCCAUGGCCAAAGAAGUUGCUAAAAGAGCAAAAGAUGAGAAACUUUUUCGUGAGGUUGUUAUGGUAAUGGUGUCCCAAAAUCCAAACGUUGGUCGAAUCCAAGACACAAUUGCAUAUUUCUUGGGUUUGAAGUUUGAUCAGAAGAGCGAGGAAGGAAGAGCAGAAAAAUUGCGUCAAAAAUUGGAAAACACAGAAAACAUCCUUCUUAUACUGGAUGACUUAUGGAAGGAACUUGAUUUGGAGUCCGUAGGCAUCCCCGAUGGAUGUAAAAUUCUAUUGACAUCACGAGAUAAAGAUGUUUGCGAGAGAAUGAAAAGUCAAAAGAUUUUUGCCAUGGAAGUCUUAUCUGACGACGAAGCCUGGAAUCUUUUCGAAGAGGUGGCAGGACUUUCCGAUCGUACUCAUGAUCCAUACGAUGUAGCAAAAAAGGUUGCAAAAGAAUGCAAAGGCUUACCUGUUGCGAUCAUCACUGUUGGAAGAGCGCUCGAAAACAGAGACAAAUAUGCUUGGAAGGAUGCACUUCACAUGCUUGAAAAAUCAAUACCAGAUAGCAAGUUGAAAACAGAUGUAGAGGUCUAUUCCCGUAUCAAAUUGCGUUACGACUCUUUAACAAGCGAACAAGCCAAAUCAUGCUUUUUGUUAUGUUGUUUAUUUCCAGAAGACUAUGACAUUGGUAUUGAAACUUUGGUUCGAUAUGGGAAAGCACUAAGGUUGUUUGAAGAAACUGGUACAAUGGAACUGACAAGAAACAGAGUUCAUACUUUGGUUGGGAAUUUAAAAAGAUGUUCUCUGCUGAUGGAUGGCAAUGAGAAAGAGUGUGUUAGAAUGGAUGGUAUUGUUCGUGAUGAGGCCAUAUCAAUCGCAUCAAGAAAGGAGCACGGUGGCUUCAUAUUUAAAUGUGAUAAUGAAAUGGAAGUGUGGCCAGAGAUAGAUUCAAGUGAAAUGGAAGAUUGCACUGCAAUCUCACUUGUAUUUAAUAAGAGAAUCAAGAAGCAUCCUGAUAGUUUGGCAUGCCCCAAUCUCGAGCUUGUAAGUUUGUCCUCGACAACUGUAAAAUAUCCCUUUAUGCUAGAAGAUCAUGUGCAUAAAUUGGAACUGAGUGAGAAUUUUUUCGAAGGGAUUAAAGAAAUCAAGGUUUUGGCUUUUCAUUGUAUUUACGUUCAAUCACUUCCAGCACCAUUGCAAAUGCUACAAAACCUCCGGACCUUGCAUUUGGAGUAUUGUGUUCUAGGAGAUAUUUCAAGAAUUGGAGGAUUGGAAAUGCUAGAAAUCCUCAGCUUGAUUGGUUCUGAAAUACAAGAGUUGCCAAAGGAGAUAGGAAAUCUUCAACAUCUAAAGGUGUUGGAUAUGACAAAAUGCAAAGGGCUUAAUAGAAUUCCACCUGGUGUACUCUCGAGAUUAACCACAUUGGAAGAGUUAAAGAUUUUUUGCUUCGACAAUUGGAAUUCUCUGGAAGGAAAUGAAGAGAAAACCUCCGCAAGUCUUGAUGAGAUAACUCCUCUGCUUGAUCGAGAUUUGAAAGUUUUAAAUGUUCAGAUACCAAACAUGGAGUUUGUUCCAAGGAAUUUUCCUUCAAAGAAUUUGACAAGAUUUUUAAUUAAUGUGGGCACAGCAUAUACAGAUGAAGACGAUUAUUUAUUUAAAAAGUGUUUGCAGCUACGCGGAGUUAGUGCUGAUUCUAUAAAACAGAGUGGGAUUUAUCCAACAGUCAAGAUAUGUGAAGCUUUGACAUUAGAGAAGGUGUAUGAUUUGAAGAAUUUGUUUCCCCAUUUUGAUGAGGAGGAGCAAGAUGGUUUCCCGUGGCUAAGAACCCUUGAUGUAUUCAAGUGCAACGUUAUGGAGUACCUGGUGAAAUUCACAUCAAAUAAUAAUCGGACUGAUCUUCAUGCAUAUAAUUCGGAAGAGUUGCUGAAGAACUUGGAAGGGUUAAGGGUGAGACAGUGUGAUUCAUUGGAGGUGGUAUUUGACUAUCGGGAAGGCCCAUUGGCUCCAGCCCUCAAUGAGUUGAAAAGUUUGAAACUAUCUCAUCUACCAAAGCUGAUGCACAUAUGGAAGGAGGGUCCACAACAGGUUAAAACAGUUUGCUUCCAAAAUCUCAAAACUCUAUCAUUAGAUUCAUGUCCAAGUUUGAGAUAUUUAUUCACUGCUUCCAUAGUCAAACUCCUCGCGAUGCUAGAAAGUCUCGACAUUGUUAAGUGUGAAUCGAUGGAAGAGGUUGUUACAAAAACAAAAGAGGAGAUCAAUAAUGUUAAUGCGGAAUCUUAUGUGGUUUCAUUUCCCCAUCUGGUUUCCAUUAAAUUAGAUAAUCUGGAUAAUCUUUGUUGUUUCUGUUCACAACCUUAUGCUUUUGAAUUCCCAUUCCUAGAGACUUUACAGAUAAGAAAAUGUCCUAAGUUACAGACAUUUAUGUAA